UAUAUAUAUAUACAUAGAGAGAGAGAGAGAGAGAAAGAGAUAUAUAGAGAGAGAGGGAAGACCUUGUGACACGUGCGCGCCAGAAACUUUGCAGAAUAGCUAGUGAGUUAGUGUUCCAGUGGCUGAUAUCCUGACUGACAGGCGUAUCGUGUGAAUCCUGUGCACCUUCGUAACUACGAUGGUAGAGGGCUAGAGACGUUCGUUGACCGGUACAAUCGAAAACAGAUCAGCGGGUAGAAGAGGAGGGACUCCUCGAUCCGUAAGAUGAGCGUAGCUCUCGUGACCAUGGACUCCGCGUACGGUCUGCGACUGGGCCUCGGCAGCCACCACCAUCAUCACCACCAUCAUCCACAUCGGGUGCGGUCCCCCGAGAGCCACGUGGUGCCCCAUCAUCAAGAGCAGCCGCAGGACCGCAAAGAGGACAUCGAGACGCCGCUCAGGUUCAGCGUGGUGAACAUCCUGCGGCCCGACUUCGGCCGCGAGGCGAUCCUCAGCACGAAGACGACCAAACAGUCCAGCCUGACGACCGGACACCCGACCACCACCAUCCCGGUCCCGAUCCCACGGCACAGUCCCCUUUCUCUGCCGCGGGAUCUCAGCCUGUCCUCGAGCAGACUUUCGCCGUCGAGGCCCCAGCCGGGCAGUUUUUCGGUGCACCGGGACAGGGACCUGUUUUCAUCGCAUUGCGGACUCACUUCGCCGCUGCAGAGGACCACCGGCCUCAGCAGGAGCGGCAGCCUAGAGAGCCUCGCCAGCAGCCGGAGCUCCGUCACCGGAAGCUCCGUCACCGGUGCACCGUCGCUGGGAUCCACGACCUCCACUAUCAGCGGGGACUCCCUCAACGGAGACAGCACCUCUGCCAGCAGCGGCAACAGCUCCGCCACACAGCAGACCUCGCUGAACGGCCAGAGUCCUUGGCCGGCGUGGGUCUACUGCACCAGAUACUCGGACAGACCGUCUUCCGGGCCCAGAACGAGGAGGGUGAAGCGCUCGCCGAGCACCAGCAAGUCCGGCUCACCGGAAGAGAAGAGACCGAGGACGGCGUUCAGCGCGGAGCAAUUGGCGAGGUUGAAGCGCGAGUUCGCCGAGAAUCGAUACCUCACCGAGAGAAGGAGGCAGCAGCUGUCGAGGGACCUGGGCCUGAACGAGGCCCAGAUCAAGAUCUGGUUCCAGAACAAGAGGGCGAAAAUCAAGAAGGCCAGCGGCCAGAAGAACCCGCUGGCGCUACAGCUGAUGGCCCAAGGACUCUACAAUCACUCUACGGUGCCAGUCGACGAGGACGGCGAGGAGAUCGUGACCGGUGACAAUCAUCCUCACUAGCCACGGAAAACGAGACCGUGCUAUGUGAAAUUUCAAUCGAUCGUCUCUGUUUCGUGGAAACUUCGUCCUGUGAAAAUAUCGCGUCGCCUGCGCCGAUGUUGGCCCUUCGACGUCGCCGACAUCAUUGCGUCGGCAAAGCAUCGAAUUUAUUAAGACGAAGACGAAACUAACGAGAUCUCUUAAUAAGGAGGAACGAUGACGAUUAAGAGCAGGAAAUGGUUGGUGCUGCUCGAAGAGAUUCUGCGUUAACCGAUCGAGUACGACGACCCUAGUAUCGUAAUUACACUCUGGAUCCUCCUACGAUUUGCAUGUUUUAUGGAACGGGUUUUCGAAACAGACCGAAGGAAAUUCUUUUUUCGCCAACGAAAUGAUUCCUUGCAUCGAGGACACGCUAAGAAUGGUAUAUUAUUAAUGGAAUAUCGAUGGUACAUUGUUUGAUUAAAAUCGCAGACCGCGAAUUUCCUCGACAAUUAAACGAAGGUUACGUCCGAGUAUUUAAAAAUGUAAGAAUUUCGAAUAUCGUAAAUGCUUGGCAGCGCGGACAAGUUCAAUUCGACCGUGCUUAAAGCAUCGAAUAGUCUCGAUGAAUGAGAAGAAUUCUGAACGAGACCAGCAGUUUCGUUCGAACGAAAGCGUAUCAAGGGGUUAAGAACGGUGGACUAGUAGAUUUCCAAAGUGAGUCGGUUUUAUGGGACGGCUCGAAUCGAUCAUGUUACCGGCCGGCAUUUAUCGUCGAACGAUUUCGUGACGGUUUUAUGGGACAGCUGGGUGGUACCUUAUAGAAGUUUAUGGAUAAUCACGACGUUGAUUCGACGAACAGCGUGUGCUCGUUUCGCGAGCGACUCUUGGCCGAGACUGAGACUUUGUAUUUCACGAGUAUACAUUACAUAUCGUCGUAGAUACGGUUCUAGUACACGGGCCUCGAUUAUACCGAUCAUUAUCGAUUAGUCGCUUAAAUUAUUUAUUUCCACUGUACAUAGCUGUAAAUAGUACUGGUCGUGAUAUGUGUAUAUGUACGAUACGAGAUAAUGUUAAUUGCCGCGAGAAGACUCUAUGUGUGUACAUUAUAUUAUAUUAUAUUAU